AUGUCCUUGGCGCUCCUAAUCGUCUGCUCGUCUCAGCCAAUCCCUCUUCCUCUCUUCUCUUUCUCUCUCCUCCGUUGUUGUCAACGCACCACCACACAAUUACAUUGGCUUUCCUGCCCCAAACCUUUAAUUGUACAACGCUUUGAGGCUCCACCGUUGCUGCCAACGAAGCCACACUUUCAACCAUCCACGCUUGUAAUCCAUCCAUCAUCGCUAAUUACCACCCGUUACUUCAAUAAAUCCGCCGACCUCUGGAUUCUUUUUGUCGCGCUUCCCCAUCCCAUAAGUCGUCGCCUUUGGUGGGUGUUAAGUGAUGAGUCCACAGCUGUCGGCUAG